AUGCUUCUCAAUCUCGCCGCUGGAGCUUAUGCUGAUUCAGCGUACGAGUGUGUGAAUCGAACAUUCCACCCAAAUGAGGGUCGAGAAUUGUUGGAAAAUGUCGGCGAGGAAUGCGAUAUUAUUUCGACUCUUUGUUCGGGAUAUGUUGUGAAAUCAGAUCGAAUGCAACAUUUGAUUCUUGUUUUUAGAGGCACAAAAACGAAGGUCCAAUUGUUGCUUGAGGGCUGGAUGUCUCAAACGGACGGCGCGGAUUUCUUCCAGAUGGGAAAUGUUAAUAAGUAUUUCUUGAACGCUCACAAUGUGUUAUGGGCGCCGAUGGAGCGAGUGCUCACUCAUCCACUGUAUCAGAAUUAUGCGGUUACAAUCACUGGGCAUUCGCUGGGCGGAGCACUAGCCGCAUUAGCAGCAGCGAGAACGGUGAAACAAGGCAUUCGUCAAAGCGGCCAGGUGCGAUUGGUUACGUUCGGUGAGCCACGGGUUGGAUCUGCGAAAUUCGCAAAAAACUUUGAUCAAUUAGUGCCGAACUCCUAUCGAGUUGUCUUUCGGGCUGAUAUUGUACCCCAUCUACCGGCUUGUCACAAAGAUUUAUCGGAUACUUCAUUGAGGGAAAGUGAUGCUCAUCCGUGUGACGAUUACGAAGGAACAGCUGCUUAUCAUCAUGGAACCGAGAUUUGGUAUCCUGAUUGUAUGGCGCCUGGUUGUACUUACAUGGAAUGUACGGGUUUACCGAAAAAUGAAGAUAUGCAAUGCUCGGAUCGUUUAAAGUUCAAACCAUUUCCUGAUAUUUCCGAUUACAUCUCUGAUCAUCGCCAUUAUUUUGAUGUUAAGGUAACAGAAUUCGGAAAAACGGGCUGUGACGGAGUGUUCAAUGCAACUGAUAUCAAAGAGAGUACAAUUCAUAAAAUCGUUUCCAGCGUCAGCAUGUUCUUAUCGAGUCUUGGA